CUCCCUCUGCAGAGCGAAGUAGGAUCUCCAUUCAAACACAUCCAAACUCCGCGGGAUGAGAAUCAAUUUUACACUUUCUAGCUGCUGAUCACCACUUCGCCAUUAACAUAAGGAAAGUAAAUUAGGAGAAUCUGUAGCAUUUUACGCCCGCAAUAGUGAAACGAUUGGACAGUUAAUUCUGGACCGUGAUAUACACAAGUGGUUGCUAGCAAGCUAUUCCAACAGACUGCAAACAUGGCGAGCGCCUCAUACCAUAUCUCUAAUCUUUUGGAAAAAAUGACAUCUAGCGAUAAGGAUUUCAGGUUCAUGGCCACUAACGACCUGAUGUCAGAGCUGCAGAAGGACUCAAUCAAGCUGGACGACGACAGCGAGCGCAAGGUGGUCAAGAUGAUCCUGAAGCUGCUGGAGGACAAGAACGGAGAAGUGCAGAACCUGGCUGUCAAAUGCCUGGGCCCCCUGGUCAGCAAGGUGAAGGAGUACCAAGUGGAGACAAUCGUGGACACGCUGUGCACCAACAUGCUGUCGGACAAGGAGCAGCUCAGAGACAUCUCCAGCAUCGGCCUGAAGACGGUCAUCGGAGAGCUGCCGCCCGCCUCCAGCGGCUCAGCUCUGGCAGCGAGUGUGUGUAAAAAGAUCACAGGACGUCUCACAAGUGCCAUCGCCAAACAGGAGGAUGUGUCCGUGCAGCUGGAGGCUUUGGACAUCAUGGCAGACAUGCUGAGCAGGCAGGGUGGUCUGCUGGUGAACUUCCACCCGUCCAUCCUGAGCUGCCUGCUGCCCCAGUUGACCAGCCCGCGGCUGGCCGUCCGCAAGCGCACCAUCAUCGCCCUGGGCCACCUGGUGAUGAGCUGCGGCAACCUGGUGUUCGUGGACCUCAUCGAGCACCUGCUGUCCGAGCUCUCGCGCAACGACUCCAUGUCCACCACGCGCACCUACAUCCAGUGCAUCGCCGCCAUCAGCCGCCAGGCCGGACACAGGAUUGGUGAGUACCUGGAGAAGAUCAUCCCGCUGGUGGUGAAGUUCUGUAACGUGGAUGACGAUGAGCUGAGGGAGUACUGCAUCCAGGCCUUUGAGUCGUUCGUCAGGAGGUGUCCAAAGGAAGUGUACCCGCACGUACCCACGAUUAUCAGCAUCUGUCUGAAAUACCUGACCUACGACCCCAACUAUAACUACGACGACGAGGACGAGGAUGAGAAUGCCAUGGACGCCGACGGGAACGAUGAAGAUUACCAAGGAAGCGACGACGAGUACAGCGACGACGACGACAUGAGCUGGAAGGUGCGGCGGGCGGCGGCCAAGUGCCUGGACGCGGUGGUGAGCACGCGGCACGAGAUGCUGCCCGAGUUCUACCGCUCGGUGUCGCCGGCGCUCAUCGCCCGCUUCAAGGAGCGCGAGGAGAACGUGAAGGCCGACGUGUUCCACGCCUACCUGUCGCUGCUCAAGCAGACGCGGCCCGCCCAGAGCUGGCUGUGCGACCCCGACGCCAUGGAGCAGGGCGAGACACCGCUCACCAUGCUGCAGAGCCAGGUGGGGGUGCCCAUGAUCGUGAAGGCCUUGCACAAACAGCUGAAGGAGAAGAGUGUGAAGACUCGCCAGUGCUGCUUCAACAUGCUGACUGAGCUCGUCAAUGUGCUGCCUGGAGCACUCACACAACACAUCCCUGUGCUGGUCCCAGGAAUCAUCUUCUCGCUCAACGACAAGUCCAGCUCGUCCAACCUGAAGAUCGACGCGCUCUCCUGCCUGUACGUGAUCCUGUGCAACCACCAGCCGCACGUCUUCCACCCGCACGUGCAGGCGCUGGUGCCCCCGGUGGUGGCGUGCGUGGGCGACCCCUUCUACAAGAUCACCUCGGAGGCGCUGCUGGUCACCCAGCAGCUGGUCAAGGUCAUCCGGCCGCUGGAGACGCCGGACGCCUUCGACGCCUCGCCGUACAUCGGCGACCUGUUCGCCUGCACCAUCAAGCGGCUCAAGGCGGCCGACAUCGACCAGGAGGUGAAGGAGCGCGCCAUCUCGUGCAUGGGCCAGAUCAUCUGCAACCUGGGCGACAGCCUGGGCGCCGACCUGCCCGGCACGCUGCUCAUCUUCCUGGAGCGGCUGAAGAACGAGAUCACGCGGCUGACCACCGUCAAGGCGCUGACGCUGAUCGCCGGCUCGCCGCUGCACAUCGACCUGCGGCCGGUGCUGGCCGAGGCCGUGCCCAUCCUGGCCUCGUUCCUGCGCAAGAACCAGCGGGCGCUCAAGCUGGGCACGCUGGCGGCGCUGGACAUCCUGGUGCAGAGCUACAGCGACAGCGUCACGCCGGCCAUGAUCGACGCCGUGCUCGCCGAGCUGCCAGCGCUCAUCAGCGAGGCCGACAUGCACGUCUCGCAGAUGGCCAUCAGCUUCCUGACCACGCUGGCCCGCGUCCACCCCGAGGCGCUGGCCAAGAUCAGCGGCGCCAUCCUGGCCGAGCUCAUGUCGCUGGUGCGCUCUCCGCUCCUCCAGGGCGGCGCUCUCGCCGCCAUGCUGGACUUCUUCCAGGCCCUGGUGGGCACCGGCACCGCCAGCUUGGGCUACAUGGACCUCCUGCGCAUGCUGACCGGUCCCGUCUACGCGCAGAGCUCGGCGCUGGCCCACAAGCAGUCGUACUACUCCAUCGCCAAGUGCGUGGCGGCGCUGACCCGCGCCUGCCCCAAGGAGGGCCCGGCGGUGGUGGGCCAGUUCAUCCAGGACGUCAAGAACUCGCGCUCCACCGACUCCAUCCGCCUGCUGGCGCUGCUGGCCCUGGGCGAGGUGGGCCACCACCUGGACCUGAGCGGGCAGCCCGAGCUCAAGGCCGUCAUCCUGGACGCGUUCGGCUCGGCCAGCGAGGAGGUCAAGUCGGCGGCGUCGUACGCGCUGGGCAGCAUCGCCGUGGGCAACCUGCCCGAGUACCUGCCCUUCGUGCUGCAGGAGAUCACCGGGCAGCCCAAGCGGCAGUACCUGCUGCUGCACUCGCUCAAGGAGAUCAUCAGCUCGGCGGCGGUGGCGGGCCUGCGGCCGUACGUGGAGAGCGUCUGGUCGCUGCUGCUCACGCACUGCGAGUGCACCGAGGAGGGCACGCGCAACGUGGUGGCCGAGUGCCUGGGCAAGCUCACGCUCAUCGACCCCGAGACGCUGCUGCCGCGCCUCAAGGGAUACCUGCUCUCCGGAUCCUCAUAUGCUAGAAGUUCUGUCGUGACAGCCGUCAAGUUCACCAUCUCAGAUCACCCACAGACCAUCGACCCCCUACUGAAAAACUGCAUAGGUGACUUCCUGAAGACGCUGGAAGACCCGGACCUUAACGUGCGAAGGGUCGCUCUGGUGACGUUCAACUCGGCCGCUCACAAUAAGCCGUCGCUGAUCCGAGACCUGUUGGAUACAGUGCUGCCCCACCUGUACAAUGAAACCAAAGUGCGCAAGGAGCUCAUCAGAGAGGUGGAGAUGGGUCCGUUCAAGCACACAGUGGACGACGGGCUGGACAUCAGGAAGGCGGCGUUCGAGUGCAUGUACACACUGCUGGACAGUUGCCUGGACAGGCUGGACAUCUUCGAGUUCCUCAAUCACGUGGAGGACGGACUCAAGGACCAUUACGACAUCAAGAUGCUGACGUUCCUGAUGCUGGCAAGGCUGUCCUCCCUGUGCCCCAGUGCUGUGCUGCAGAGGCUUGACAGACUGGUGGAGCCGCUCCGAGCCACCUGCACCACCAAGGUGAAGGCCAACUCGGUGAAGCAGGAGUUUGAGAAGCAGGACGAGCUGAAGCGCUCAGCGAUGCGGGCGGUGGCGGCCCUGCUGACCAUCCCCGAGGCGGAGAAGAGCCCGCUGAUGAGCGAGUUCCAGUCGCAGAUCAGCGCCAACCCGGAGCUCGCCGCCAUCUUCGACAGCAUCCAGCGCGACUCCACCUCCGCCAACAUGGAGUCCAUGGACACCAGCUAAGCACCCAAAAAAAACCCAAAAUGGAACACAAAAGAAAAAGAAGAAAGUAAAGAAACACCACACCAUACACGUGAGACACGAGGCGAUGGCGUUAACGAUGGUGACGAGGACAAAACUGACUUAAUGAAAUAUGAAAUCCCCCUGCCCCCCCCCCCCCCCCCCCUCCCCGACAACGAUGUGCUCUUCUUUUUCUUCGUCCUUGUCGUUUCCCCCACAAGAUUAAACUGCAUUUAAGAGAAAAAAAAAAAGAAAAACAGAACUCUGAAAGUGAAAGAAUACAACCUCCAUGAAAGGAGAAGCCUUUUAUUGUUCCAUGCAUUGCACUGAUUCAGCCGUUAUAGGAGGAAACAAGAAAAAUAAGAAAAAGAAAAAAAAGUGUGAAAAAAAAGACUAAAAACAUAAAUAAACAAAACACCUGAAAAUACAUUCUCUGUAGCUUGAAAAAGCUCCUCACCAAGCUUCACAAAGCCUUUAUAAUUUUUGUUUUUUCUUGUUGCUUUGUGAACUACGGAGGAAGACCACAAACGAUUCGAUCGUUCAUCGUUCCUUUCCAUUGCUUCCAUUUCCCCCCCCCCCCCCCCCCUUGCUCAUUUUCCCAACUGUUGGGGUCCAUCUUUUUUUUUUCUUCUUUGACCAGUAACUUCCAAAAAGGACCAAGAAGCCCCCACCCCCCCAGCCCUGGAGGUAGUGGCUGUUGGAGUAGCUUGAGUCGGGCUGGCUGUACAUACCCUGGAGGUGGGGGACGGAUGGAGAAGGGCCCAGUAGAGGAUUGGUGCCUUUUGGACUGGGGACUUACUUCACCUGUGUGGAUUCAGACCGGACUUAGGAGACCUCAUACACAGCAUUUGUUCAUUUCCAGGCACCAAGAUAGCAGGACCAUUUCUUUUGUUUUGUUUUUGUUGUUUGUCUGUUUGUUUGUUUGUUUGUUUGUUUCUUAACACAAGAGUCUAUUCCUUUCUGAGCUCAGCGCCACAUGGACCACCUUGAUCUGUUGAUUUGGUUUUGUUUUGUUGCCAUGUUUUAUGCCAGACCAGAUAGAUUUAGUGGCGGAGUUAUUUUCUCUUUUUUUUUUUUGUAAAAUCUUUGCAUUGUCACCACCUGUCGUAUUGAUUUCAUUCGUCUUGCGUACUCCCGACCGAGAGUAUAUCAGAGCAAGUUAUGUGUGAGCGAGCGAGCUAAUGAAUUGUGGUCAGCGAUGUUAAAUGAAAGGUUUGCUGUAUAAAAGGUGUGCGCUCGACGAUGGACACUUUUAACUUCCCCCUUCAUUCCUUUCUUUUUCUCUCUCUCACUUGAAUGCUAUGGUUGUGCGCAGUGGUCGCGUCUGGGUAAUCUGGGAAGGUAAAAGCACUUAAUACGAAAUCUUCUGGUUACAUGUAAACGCCAGGAGUUUUUGCCCAGGCUCCUGUGACAAGAGCGGCAGUUUGAUAUUGAUUACAUUACUGGGCCCUCGGGGCCUACCAGAGGACCCGAGCUGUACGUAAUGUGGAACAAAUGAUUUACAGUUGGGAGGUGUUUUUUUUUGUUUGUUUGUUUUUUCCCCCUCUUUUAUUUUGUUUCUCAUCCACUGUUAGUGUUUACCGUUUCUGCAACUGUUCUGUUUCAGUGCUGAACUGUUUUGGGAAAAAAAAAAAUACUUCAACUGCAUCGACCAAUUCCUUCAUCUAUUUUCCUCUGGAUAAUAUUCCUCUUUUUUUUUUUGGUCUCCCUUUCUGCAUUCCUCUGCCUCUCCUCUAGGGGGAGCCCUGUGUAUCCACCAACUUUAAAUCACUUUAGAUAAGAACUUUGAUGGUUUGCAAAACACGUUUUUGAGGACUUCUGUUUGUUGGGAAAUAAAGAAAAAAAAAUAAGAGAAAAAUAAAAACAAAAAUGCGAAAAAAGACUGUUUCUUGCGCCCGCUGGAUGGCACAGUCAUUCCUGUUACUGUGAAGAGAGGCUCAGCAGAGGGGGGCAACAUUGCUACCGGCAGCAACCUCCUGGCACCCUGUUCGGGGCUGUGUGUGUGUGUGUGCGUGUGUGUGUGCGUGCUUGCGUGUAAUCAGUUGAUAUGUGUGUGUGCGUUUGCGUGUCCUCCUUGUAGGUGCUGGGUGGCUUGUAUCUGCUCCACCUGGGAGAUUUGCUGAAAUAAAAGGUCCAUUUCUGCCUG